CAGAAUCUGUUCUUUUUGCAUCUACGUGCUAAGGCUCGCCCUGGCCUUGCAUUUUUUGGUCAUGGGAACAAGCUCUAGCGCUGUGUCAAAUGUAACUUGUUUAUCUUCAUAUAUAUGGACAGAAAAUGACUGUGAACAAACACCCUGCGAAGUCGCUGCUUAUCUUAUUUCCCAAUGCACUGACGGACGUAAGUCAUUGCCGUGCUAAAGCUCAUCUGUUGACGGCACGUACGCCUUUCACAGCUUUUACACUCAACCCGCUACCGGCAAAUACACACUACUCAGGGCCAACUUCCCCCCAAGAAGCCAACGAAUGCGAAUGCAGUUCUGUUGUUUAUUCUCUCGUGUCAGCUUGCGCUGUAUGCCAAGAGAGGAAUUAUCUAACGUACCUUUCAUUUCCGCCUCGGAACAACUAGACUAAGAUCAUUGCAGAUGGGACACAUGGAAAGCAAACUGCUCUGCGGUAUAUUAUUCUAUUUUUCCUAAGAAUAUACCGAUCGAGACAACAGUUCCAGUUUGGGCGUAUGCCAACUAUGUAGUUGCGUAGCAUCUUUUCGUGGUUUGGUCUUAACAGCCG